AUGAUGGGCAACACCUACGUCGACGAUAUCCAAAAUGCAGUACUUCUAUUCAGCAACCCCGUCUGGUCUGGCGCCGAUAGCAUACCAUCGACGAUCAUCAGGAACAUCACUGCGCUCUCCGUGAGUCGUUCCCAGCCCGACGCAGCGUCUGCCGGCCCCGAAGACGUCCUUGCCCGUCGCUCCCGACCUCUCAUUAAUGUCUUACAGAGCGACAUAGCCUAUUCUGCCGAGAUCAACGACAACGUUACCAUUCUGUCUUCCAGAUACGCCCAGACGAACAAUGGCGUCAUUCAAGGCUUGCUCUAUGUGCCUGACCUCGAGGCCCGCGACCCAUGCACGGCACUCGAGUCUGCAUAUGUGCCCAGCACGGCUGUGCGACAAGCGCACCUGCCACCUUCCGAUUACAACCUGAUUGCCCUGGUGCCCUGGUACAAUGCGACCUGUACGAGGUCAUAUCUUGCCUCUGCGGGCCUGGACCCCAUCCGCGCCCUGAUUACCUACAUGCCCGACAAUAGCAUUGAGCGGCCCCCGCCUGUCGAGGACGAGAUUUGGAACCUCCAGGACCGCGACGCCUGGAAGACCACCAGCAAAUUCCCCAUCUACGCUGUCUCGGGAGCCGUCGGCUCCUCCAUGAUGACCCAGCUGAGUCUCUAUUCUGGCAAUGUGACUUCCGUACCCUACGGAGAGAACAUCUCUGCCUUGUACAACCCCGAUGCCGACGACUAUGUCCGUAUAUGGUCCCAGAUUCAUGUGGCAACUACGGACUCGCUGCCGACAAUCUGGAUCUUUAUACUCAUCUGUGUGGCGGCACUUUUCUUCAUUGUGGCCGGCAUCUCUUGUCUCAUGCAUUACGUACAACACAGGCGCCGGGCUUCGCUCCAACGGCGUGUGAUGAGCGGCGAGGUGAAUCUGGAGGCGAUGAACAUCAAACAUGUGACGGUGCCUCUGGAGCAUGUCGAAAAGUUUCCACUUUUCACAUACAAUUAUGAGCCGAAUCCGAAUAGCCUGCCACCCUCGCCAACAACGCCGCGGGCACCGGCACGAGCCCAUGUGCGAAAUAACAGCUUGGGAAUCGAUGAAACCAUCACGAACACCCCUGCACCGGCAUAUUCAGAGAAAGCUCUUCCCAGCCCCACAGCGAAAUCUACCGUCACCGGCAUGACUGCCGCCAGCACUGCAACUGACUACCAGCCUGCCUGCUCGAUAUGUUCUGAGGACUACGAGAAUAGGGUAACCAUCAUCCGCGAACUUCCCUGUGGCCACAUCUUCCACCCGGAAUGCAUCGACGAAUUCCUCAGCAGCCACAGCUCCUUGUGCCCGCAGUGCAAGGCCUCUAUGCUACCGAAAGGGUUUUGUCCCAAGGUCACCAACUCGAUGGUACGACGCGAGAGGGCCAUUCGGAAAUUGCGCGGCCGCGUCAUCGUGGACGACUCGGACGUGGAAAGCGGCCGUGCUCUACCAGGCACCUGGAAAUCGAGCGUUAAGAGGAAGCUAUUUCGUCCCAGCAACAACGCAGCCAACCUCGUGCAGCGAGUGCCAACUCGUCAAGCCGAAGGCCCAAGACCCGAAAUUCGCCUGCGAAUGCGUGACUUGGCUGGUGAAGAGUUUCAUGACGCUCGCAGUCUAGACGGACAGCCCAAAUGGAAGAGGGCCACGCGAACGUUGUUCCCUGGAUUUUUCUAA